UUUAAAAGAAAAGAAUACUUAAACACGUUUGAACACACUUAUAAGGAGAUACAGUGGAAUAUUGCCAUCAGUUCUAAUAUUAACAUGAGGUAUAUAUUGUUGCUUUUAGCAGUGACUGCUUGUCUUGCCCAUCGCAUCCCAAAGGAACCUGAAAAAAAAAAAUGUGACCCCAUAUUUUGUCCAUUAAUAUACAGCCCCGUUUGCGGCAAACACAAAAUACGAGUAAAAAACCAUACUACAAAUUCAAUAAUUUAUAAAGAGAAGAUUUUUGGAAAUUUGUGUCAGAUGAAUGCUGAAAAUGCAUGUGGUGGAAAUUGGACACUCUGUUGUCAUUUUGAAGGGAUGAGGCAAUGGUAAUAGAAAUUUUGACCCCAACAAAGAGUUACGAUUUUCAUUGUUAAUCUUUAAUGUAUUCUGAUUUAAUAAAUUAAUGCAAUUAUAA